UUUAGCUCUCGUCUCUGUCAUCCGAUUCUCUCUCUAGGGUUUUUCCAGCGAUUCAGUGAAACGGCAUCCGCCGGUUAAGUUUCUGAAACAGGCUUGUUCUGGACAAGCAGUAUUAGCAGACGCUGCGAUGAAGGUCAAGGUGAUAUCGCGUUCCACGGACGAAUUCACCCGAGAGCGCAGCCAGGACCUCCAGAGGGUGUUUCGCAACUUCGAUCCCAAUCUUCGAACCCAGGAGAAGGCGGUCGAAUACGUCCGGGCUCUGAAUGCUGCUAAAUUGGACAAGAUUUUCGCAAGGCCCUUUAUUGGAGCUAUGGAUGGACACGUUGAUUCAGUGUCAUGUAUGGCCAAGAACCCGAAUUACUUAAAAGGAAUAUUUUCUGGCUCUAUGGAUGGAGAUAUCCGCCUUUGGGAUGUCGCUUCGAGGCGAACAGUAUGUCAAUUUCCCGGUCAUCAAGGCCCUGUGAGAGGUCUGGCGGUAUCUACAGAUGGUCAAAUUCUAGUAUCCUGCGGGAUUGAUAGCACGGUUCGACUGUGGAAUGUUCCUGUAGCUACUCUUGGGGAGUCAGAUGGCACACAUGAGAACUCGGCAAAGCCACUGGCAGUUUAUGUAUGGAAAAAUGCAUUCUGGGCAGUUGAUCACCAAUGGGAUGGUGAACUUUUUGCUACAGCUGGCGCUCAAGUAGAUAUAUGGAAUCAGAACAGGUCUCAGCCAAUAAGCAGUUUUGAAUGGGGAACAGACACGGUCAUUUCUUUAAAAUUCAACCCUGGAGAACCUAAUGUAUUGGCAACAUCGGGAAGUGACCGCAGCAUAACCCUGUAUGACUUGCGCAUGUCAUCCCCAACAAGAAAAAUUAUCAUGAGGACAAAAACUAAUGCUAUUUCUUGGAACCCAAUGGAGCCGAUGAACUUCACUGCUGCAAAUGAGGAUUGCAAUUGCUACAGCUAUGAUGCGAGAAAGUUGGAAGAAGCCAAAUGUGUGCACAAGGAUCAUGUUUCUGCUGUGAUGGAUAUCGAUUACUCACCCACUGGUCGAGAAUUUGUAACUGGAUCCUAUGAUAGAACAGUAAGAAUUUUCCAGUAUAAUGGAGGUCACAGUAGGGAGGUUUAUCAUACAAAAAGAAUGCAAAGGGUAUUCUGCGUCAAGUUCAGCUGUGACGCAAGUUAUGUUAUAUCUGGGAGUGAUGACACCAACUUGAGGCUUUGGAAAGCUAAAGCCUCCGAACAGCUGGGAGUUGUCCUGCCAAGAGAGCGCAGGAAGCAUGAUUAUCAUGAAGCUGUCAAGAACCGAUACAAGCACCUCCCUGAAGUGAAGCGCAUUGUGAGGCACAGGCACUUGCCCAAACCAAUAUACAAGGCCGGUAUUCUAAGACGCACAGUGAAUGAAGCAGAGAGAAGGAAAGAAGAAAGAAGAAGAGCACAUAGUGCCCCUGGAUCUAGUUCAACAGAGCCAUUACGUAAGAGAAGAAUCAUCAAAGAAGUUGAGUGAUGCUUCUAUUAGCCUGUUGUGCCACAUGGCAUAAUAUCUGCUUGGAUGGGCCAUCUUUCUCAAGAGUUUACCUUCAAGUGAGAAGUUGCUUCACCUCAGAGAGGAGAGGACAACUAUGCGCAAGCUCCUCUCAAUCGGAAUACGACGGUCCAUUUUUCUGAAGAGUGGCUCCAGAGUAUGCCAAUGUUUGUUUGUGCAAGCGUUUGCCUGUUCAUGCAUGCCAUCAAAGCUUUCGAAUUGUCAAUUUCUGAUUUAUUGGCCAGUUAUCAAAAUACUUGAUCCGUAGGUUAUUUGAUUGUAUCAUAAGCUUUGAUCAUUAAUUCAUUUUAACAGGAAGUGGGGGAAUUUGGUUCCUUGUGAAUCAAGG